ACUGUCUUCUUUAUACUUCUCUGUAUUUUUGAAUUUAAAAUAAUUGUCGGCAUUACCUGCUGCCCAUGCACUCCCCGGUCUGCAGGGGGCGCACCGGCGGCCACCUUCCCUCCGCCAGGACGAUGGGUGGGGCCUCGCCGGCCAGUGUGGGACUGACGAUUGGCCGGCUGGGCUGUCUAUCACGGCGUCCCGCCCCCCGCCCUACGUCACAUGACGCAGCCCAUCAUGGCGGCGGGAGCGCGGCUGUCCGGGCCCGCGGCUCCGCAGGGCUGCUGCUGUUGCUGCUGUUGAGAGGCGGCGGCGGCGGCGGCGGCGCAAGCAGCGGGCAGGCGGGAAGGAUGAUGUUUCUGUGGCCGGAGCGGCGGGUGCGGAUCAGGAGCCGGGCUGAGGUUUGGCCGAAGCGACGUGUGCUCAGGAGCAGCCGGCGCGGGUGCCGCUGAGGCGGCUGAGGGAGGCAGGACCGACUGACGGACGGACGGACGGACGGACGGAAGGCGACCGAGAAGAGCCGGCCCCGGGGCCGCGCCGUGGGCGAGAUGCCGGGGCCGCCGGCGUCGCUCCUGCUGCUGCUGCUGCUGCUGCUCCUGGCCGCCGGCGGGGCCGGCGCCGCGCCACUUCCGCAAACAGGUGCAGGUGAGGCACCUGCUGUGGAAGUUUCCUCAUCCUUUGUGAUCCUAUCUGUGUGCAGUUUAAUGAUAUUAAUAGUGUUAAUUGCCAACUGUGUAUCCUGCUGUAAGGACCCAGAAAUAGACUUUAAGGAAUUUGAAGAUAAUUUUGAUGAUGAAAUAGAUUUCACACCACCAGCAGAAGAUACUCCCUCCGUUCAAUCCCCAGCAGAAGUUUUCACCCUUUCAGUACCAAAUAUUUCACUACCAGCUCCAUCACAGUUCCAGCCUUCUGUAGAAGGUUUGAAGUCUCAAGUUGCCCGCCACAGUCUAAAUUAUAUACAGGAAAUUGGAAAUGGCUGGUUUGGAAAGGUCCUCCUUGGAGAGAUUUACACGGGCACUAGUGUAGCAAGAGUAAUAGUGAAGGAGCUAAAAGCAAGUGCAAGCCCAAAGGAACAGGAUACUUUUUUGAAAAAUGGAGAACCUUACUAUAUUCUUCAGCAUCCAAAUAUUCUUCAGUGUGUUGGACAAUGUGUAGAAGCAAUUCCCUAUCUUCUGGUGUUCGAGUUCUGUGACUUGGGCGACCUAAAGGCUUACCUGCGCGACGAGCAGGAGCACGUGCGGGGGGGCUCGCAGACCAUGCUGCUGCAGCGGAUGGCGUGCGAGAUCGCCGCGGGGCUGGCCGCCAUGCACAAGCUGCACUUCCUGCACAGUGAUUUAGCCCUGCGGAAUUGUUUUCUGACCUCGGACUUAAAUGUGAAAGUGGGAGAUUAUGGAAUAGGAUUCAGCAGGUACAAGGAGGAUUAUAUUGAAACAGAUGAUAAAAAAAUUUUCCCUCUGCGAUGGACUGCUCCAGAAUUAGUAACCAGCUUUCAAGACAGACUACUAACUGCAGAUCAAACUAAGUAUAGUAAUAUCUGGUCCCUGGGUGUGACACUUUGGGAGCUUUUUGAUAAUGCUGCUCAGCCUUAUUCCAACCUUUCCAACUUAGAUGUUCUCAAUCAGGUCAUCCGGGAGAGAGACACAAAGCUCCCUAAGCCCCAGCUGGAGCAGCCUUAUUCCGAUAGAUGGUAUGAAGUUUUACAGUUUUGCUGGCUGUCACCAGACAAGAGACCAGCAGCCGAAGACGUGCAUAGACUGCUCACCUACCUGCGGAUGCAAAGCCAAAGGGACUCGGAAGUCGACUUUGAACAACAGUGGAAUGCUCUUAAACCAAAUACAAACAGCAGAGACGCUUCCAGUAAUGCUGCGUUCCCGAUUCUCGACCACUUUCCCCGGGACCGGCUUGGUCGUGAAAUGGAGGAAGUCCUCACCGUGACUGAGACGAGCCAGGGCCUGAGCUUCGAGUACGUCUGGGAGGCGGCUAAGCACGAUCACUUCGACGAGCGCGCUCGGGGCCACCCGGACGAAGCCCUGUCCUACACAAGCAUCUUCUUUCCAGUUGAAGUUUUCGAGAGUUCGCUUUCGGAUCCCGGGCCCAGGAAACAAGACGACAGUGGCCAGGAUGUCCCCCUCAGGGCCCCCGGGGUGGUUCCCGUGUUUGACGCCCACAACCUUUCUGUGGGGAGUGACUAUUACAUCCAGUUAGAAGAAAAAAGCGGGAGCACCUUGGAGCUCGAGUACCCACCUGCACUGCUUACCACUGAGAUGGAUAAUCCAGAAAGAAGAAGUGACGAGGCGUCUCAGUUUCUGACGCUCAGGAAUCUGGAAUUGGAGGAGUCCAGUACAGAUGAGGAUUUCUUCCAGAGCAGCGCAGACCCCAAAGAUUCCACCACACCCGAGGACGUACACGUUACCAGGGGCCCUGAGAGUCCUUUCAACAGUAUAUUUAGUGAUCUUGACAAAUCAGAGGAUUUGCCCAGUCACCAAAAAAUAUUUGACUUAAUGGAACUGAACGGAGUUCAAAGUGACUUGAAGCCAACGACUUUACGUUCGAGUUUGGAGGACCCCAAAGAGUCAGUAGUCACGUGCCACUUUGAGAAAGAAAAGCCCCAUAAGCUUUUUGACUCUGAGCUUCUUUGCUCAUCAGAAAACCUUGUGCACCAAGAUAAUUUCGAUCCGCUGGAUGUUGAAGAAUUGUCAGAAAACUUUUUAUUUCUUCAAGAGAGGAACUUAGUAAAAGACUCAUUGUCUAGGAAAGAACAUAUAAACGAUCUUCAAACAGAGCUUAAAAAUGCCGGUUUUACUGAAACUAUCUUAGAAACUCCACGUAGAAACUCUUUAGAUGCUGAGCUUAAGUUUGCUGAAAAUAAACCAGGCUUUUCUCUGUUGCGGGAGAACACGAGUGCAAAGGGGAAAGAUGCAGGCGUCCUGCCCAGCGACAGCGCUUUGCACACCUCACUGCAGUCUUCCCCAGAAGUGCAGGGGCCCCCUACCUCGCUCGAAACAGAAGGAACGCCUCAUAGUGCACCCCCAGAUACGUGCCCGAAGCAGGGAGAAACCAAGCCCACGUGUUUAGAUGCCGGUCUCCAUGAAGACUGUCUCUGCCAAGAAACCAGCCCAGACUCUGUGACCGUCCCAGCUGAAAUUCCCCUGACUGAUGCCAAGACACAGGGUGUUGGCGACAGGUCCCGUGACUUGACUCAGCAAAGUGAGGCAGCCUUGAGACUACCCAAAAGUGACUCAGUGCUUGUUGAUGACGUUUUUGCCAGUAAGGUGGGUAUAGAGAAGAGUCUUCCAGAAUUGAGACAGGACUCAGAGAAUCAGCCACUUUGCGAAGACCAUCGCAGUCACAGUCUGCUGGAGAAAAGCUUGGAGGCUGUGGAGACUCUGAAGCAGCUGAAUUAUAAAGAUGCCGCAAAAGAGACGGGCCUGGUGUCUGCCCUCUCCUCGGACUCCACCAGUCAAGACAGCCUGUUAGAAGACAGCUUGUCCACACCCAUUCCAACAUCGGAACAGUCUCUGGAGACCCCGGACUCUCUGGACUCCGUGGACGUCCGUGAAGUUCUGCUGGGCUCUUUGGGCUCUCACACACCUCAGAAACUCUUGCCCCCCGAUAAGCCUGCAGAUAGUGGCUACGAGACAGAGAACUUGGAGUCCCCUGAGUGGACUCUGCACCCUGCUCCUGAUGGCACCUCUGCCUCUGAGGCGACCACGGCAGGCAACAGCGGUCAUGGCGAGUUGCCUCCCAACCCUGUCAUUGUCAUCUCAGAUGCAGCUGAUGGCCACAGGGGCACAGAAGUGACCUUGCAGACUUUCACGUCUGGCUCCCAGAGCUCAUACAGAGACUCUGCUUACUUCUCAGACAAUGACUCUGAGCCUGAUAAGAAGUCGGAGGGGGUCCCAGGAACCCCAGCGUUGGCCUCGACGAUAGUAGCGGAUCAGCCCCUGCCUGAGCCAGUCAUCCCAGAGCAGAGUCCUGGCACCAAGGACAGUUGCCCGGAAACCAAAAAUAGCCAGCCUGACCAAAGUUGUCUGUCUGCUUUGCAAAAUUCCAGUCACCCGGAAUUAAGAGAAACGUCAGAACCAGCACUGACUGACGUUUCCAGACAGACCCAUCCUGAAGACGAGGCUGGCAGCCCCUUGAGUCUGUGGAACUCAGAGCUGAGCAGCGGUGAUGACUUUGAGGCCCAGGAAGAGCGCCCCUGCACGCUUGCCUCCACUGGAACCAACACCAACGAGCUCCUGGCGUUUGCAAAUUCCACCCUCCGCUCCGGCAGCCCGGCGGACCUGACGGAGGAGGAGUCCUCAGGCGGCCACUCCGAGGGCCCCAAGCUCAAGGAGCCAGAUAUCGAAGGGAAAUACCUGGGGAAGCUUGGUGUGUCAGGGCUGCUGGACCUCUCCGAGGACGGAAUCGAUGCGGAUGAGGAGGACGAAAACAGUGACGACUCGGACGAGGACCUGCGUGCGUUCCACCUGCACAGCCUCAGCUCCGAGUCGGAGGAUGACACCGAGCACCCCGUCCCCGUGAUCCUCAGCAGCGAGGACGGGAGGCAUUUACGGAGCCUCUUGAAGCCCUCGGCCGCUGUUGCCGUUGACCAGCUACCAGAUGACUGGAAAAAGGAAAAGAAGGCCGUGACGUUUUUUGACGAUGUCACAGUCUAUCUGUUUGACCAGGAGACCCCAACCAAAGAGCUGGGACACUGUGGAGGAGAAGCGCACGGCCCCGACUUGAGCAGCCCAGCACCUUCGUCAGGCUUCCCCUACCUGAGCAGGUGUAUCAAUUCCGAAAGUUCAACUGACGAAGAAGGUGGAGGCUUUGAAUGGGAUGAUGAUUUCUCCCCAGACCCUUUCAUGUCAAAGACAACGAGCAACCUUCUUAGUUCCAAGCCUUCUCUUCAGACAUCAAAGUACUUUUCUCCGCCACCGCCGCCCCGGAGUGUGGAGCCAAGCUGGCCCCACGCGUCGCCGUAUUCCAGGUUCUCCAUCUCUCCUGCCAACAUCGCCAGCUUCUCUCUCACACAUCUGACCGACUCGGACAUCGAGCAAGGAGGAAGCAGCGAAGAUGGAGAAAAAGAUUAGGCGGAUGCUGACGCCCUCCGGGGUCCCAGGCUGCUCCCCCAGGGCGGCAUUCGUGCGCUGCCAGCGAGCUUCGACAUCCACUCCACAUCUGCUGAAAUGGGACAGGGAGAGACUCAGGAGGCGAAAGGGAGCCAGUGCUGGGCUCCGAGCGCCGAGCCUGCGGCCGGAAGCCGGGCUGGGCAGGCGUGGUCUCAUCCGGUGCGGAGUGCUGCCCUGCAGCUGCGCCCUGCGGCCGCUCUCACCACUGCAAGUGCUCACGCUCAGGUGUCCUUGGGGAGCGCCGACCCCGCUCCGGUGUGCAGGGGACUGUAGGCUCCGGGUUGUUCCUGGUUGCCCUGCGGGGUGCUGUCUGAGUCCACACCUGUAUGCAGGGGCCCAGAGGACGCACAAUGGGAAUUGGCACCAGUGAGCCAUAUUUAUUACUUUUAAAGAAAUCACUAAUUGCUUUCUGUAAUUGCACUGUGGAUAAAUGUUCCAAGAGUCCCUGAUAUUGUACAGAAUCUUAAAUUAUUCAAGGAAAAUAAGGCAGGUCAAGCUGGUGCUAUCCACUAGUUUGAUUUUUUUUUCUGUUUUAUAGUUUGUUUGCAUGGUACUUGUAAAGCUUCCAUAUUUUGAGUGUCACGCUGUCUUUAGAAUUGUUGGAAUUGUACAUAUGGUACUCUUUCGUACGCGAUAAAUGAUUCCGAAUGUUAGUAUUUUAUGUUCUUAUAGGAAAUAUUUUUGAUGAGUCCAAAAAGACUGCUCUGUUCUGUGGAUUGAGUGAAACACAUUUUUGUCUCUUCUCUAUAAAGUUUUCCUGCAGCAGAUGAGGCUUCUGAGGAGCUGAAGGCUCUUGCACCCCAUUCGUGUCAUUCUCCCACCCUGCCCCCCUAUUUUUUAGACCGUUUUGAUAAAAAUCAGCAGGUGGUGCACCCAGCACUCAGCUGCAGGUUAGAAUGUCUGGGUCCCCCGACCCCUCCCCCUGGGGAGCCGAGCGGCUCCCUGCCUGCUGUGUUCUGAGUGGCAGGUCGAGUGACCUGCAGACAGAGUGUGGCGCCCAGGCCUCCUCCUCUCAAAGCCGGCUCUUCUGCUCGAUUCUAGAAGUGCAGACUGCUGUGGCUUCCGUGUCCUUGUACCUCCUUCCCCCGGGAAGGUGGAGGCUCCCAGGAAGCAGCCGCCCCGCAGAGGGCUCUGGCACCGAGGGCGGGUUGGCUUCUUUCUUCUGUCUGCUUCAGGUGUUGAUCGCCCCUCAGAACCCCUUCGAGCGUGUCGUGUCCAGGUGUGGCUGCUCUCUGUAACCGAGGACAUACACUACAUCCCUACAUCCCACAGCCGUGAGGGGCGACAAGGGACAACGGUAGAGCCUCUGCAGCUGGCACAUCCUCCUGGUCGGAAGCUUGAGUGGCCCCGCGUGGCUGUCACAUCCAGACGCCGGCCCGGGGCUCGUCUGCCUGACCCUUCCCUCUGCAUUAAGCACCAAGUUCUCCCCUUGCUUCGAAAGGGACUGAACGUGUCCAGCGCAACCUCAUCAUGGUGGCAGGAGUCGGUGUUCCAAGUAAAAAGCUGACCUCCCGCAGUUCUUGAGUUCUGCUCUGAUGUCAGGAAGUUUCCAGGGGCUAGAGCAGCGGAGCGGCGUUUGCUGAGGGAGGCUCGCCGUGUCCCUGAGGAAGCCGUGUGUACCAGGCAGGGCCUCAGGUCUGCCGUCCCGGUGCUGGCCUCAGCCCAGGCGUUUUCCGGUGCUGAUGCGCUCUCCCGACUCCAGCGGAACACCAGGAGGACCCCAGGCCCGGGCUGCGGCUGCGGGAUGUCAGUCACAGGCGCUCGGGGCCUAGUGCGAGGUGCAGUGUGUCCUGGCUAGAGUUAGGCAGCAGAUCGUGACCUUUCUUCUCAGUUCUGGGUCACUCCACUGACUUUAUAGCAGCAAUAACUUUCCCAAGCAGGAAAACUGAGGAUGGAGAAAGGGCCCUGUACCCUCCGCUCGGGGUGAGCUGGGGCGUCGCCGGAGGACCCUGCCAGCCAGCGCUGGGCCUGCCUCCGAUGUGCACAGCCAAACACAUGGGGAGGUGAUUUUGCCAAAAUUGUGAUAACGCCGAAUUUCUUGCUAUGGAGGCUUCCUGAGUUUUCUGGAUUUUUACAUCUGACUGCCGGUCUCAGUUGAGAGAGAAAUGAGAGGCACUUACACCAGUUUUCUCGAAUUAAGGAGCUCAGAUUUAAUCACUCACAUCAAGCAGAUCUGUAGAAUAUAUAGUCUUCUUAUACAGUCAGCCUGGGACAAAUUUAUUGGUAUUUUGGGGCUGUGCAUUUGUCACUAUGAUUAGGGGACUUUAAUGACAUGAUUCCCAUUUUAAUUUAUUUUAAGUCUGUAUCACUGUCAUAAUUGCCAAAAAAAGCAUUUUAUACGUUGCGUUGGGGGCGGGCUGGGGUAGUAGAUACUGUUGUGGCGUUGCAUGGUGGGGAAGACUCUAUUUAUAAUAAACAUGUGACUUGACAUGUUCUUUUGAAAUCUCAAGCAAUACACGGGAAAUAAAUUCUGUAGAUUAAAAUUUUCAGCCCAUUUUUGAAAUGUCAGCAUGUGCUUUCUUGUUCGAUUUUGUUUUUUUUACUCAGUUGCUUACCAGUGGUGGGUUUUCGAGUCAUACUUGUUCUAAUGAGUUAUGCAGUGACAUAAACCAGUGGAAUUCUCUAGAUGGUAUGGGUGAGGUUCAUAAUACCUGGUUCACACUAUUUCCUGGCCUCCUUUGGAAUCUGUCAGAUUUUAAUUAGUCUUACUUUGGUGGAAUUUACGUAUUUUAAAUCCUACGAUAGAAAUAAUCGAACCUUCAUUUCCUUCCUAGCUAGAUGUUAAUUUGUGUUAUCCAGUGACCCUGUCAUUAGCCAGAAAGAGAAAUGGAGAAAAAGUGCUCCCCACAUCCUCGUGGCCCGGCCUGUGCGCCUGGGGAGAAGCCAUUCAUCUUCAGGGUGAAGACGCCCAGCACCACGAACAGCGUUCCUUCUAUUUUUAAACGUACAGGCGAUUGUUUCUAUAGAAAUGGGUUUAUCUAAGAGAAGCCUUUGUAUGUCUUGCUGCCGUAAAACGCCUUUCAAAACCUCUUCCUUGUAUUGCAUUUUCCAUAGGGUGUUCGUAGGGUCGAUGACUUGCUGCGUGUCUGCCUGAGGGCCCCGGGCACAAGGGAGGCAGCUGCCAGCUUUGCUCUGCCCUGCCCGUCAUCUGAAAAUUCCAGAAGUGAACCAAGUGUCAGGCUCCAAACGUUGGGCGUCAGUUAUGGGGGCUUCAAAUUAUCAGCCUUACGAGAAGCAGCCUUAAAAUAAGAAUGGGUGUACACAGUUACUUCAGAUUUAAAUCCCCCAAAACAAUAUUCCUAGGUAGUAAGGAGGUUGGCUCAAGUUUUGGCUAUUAAAAAGAGACUUCUCUGUAGUAUAUAAAUAAAUUCUUCAAGAUGUGUCGACAGUAUUGAUUACCAACAGCCUGGUACUGGAGUGGCUUGAACCUGUUGUGGUUGUCCCAGUUUGCGCAGGCGUGGAUGGAGCUGGAUACUGGACUGGCGUGUGUACCCACUGUCUAAUUCCGUCCGCAGAUGAGGACCUCAGGGCGGUCACACCUACGAGGUGUCCCUGUCGUGCUUUAACACAGCUGUAAGAGGUUCAUGGCAAUAUAACAGUUCCUGAACUUUCAAUUCAAAUUGUGUACAUUUUUAAAUUGUAAGAUUUUUACUGUAUAUUGAUGCAUAGUGUGAUUCAAUAAAUUGCUUGUAAUUUAAAAACUAUUUAAUAUUCAAAAUAAAUAUAGUUAUAUAUUUAUAAACUC